AUGAAAUACAUAUGUUUAUUAUGGUUUUUUAAAAAAGUACUAUCAUCAAAUAUUAAUACAUAUGAAGGCCUAUGUAUUCUUAAUAAUUCUAUAUUGAAGGAUAAAGAUAAUGAUGACAAAAUUCAAAAAGAUUGUAAUAAAAAAAUGAGAAUUGAAAAGGAAUGUGAUGCGACUGUUGACUCAGAUGAAAGCUUCAUAGAUGUGGGAAGUGAAGAGUAUGAAAUGAAAUAUUUACAAAACGUUUAUACUACCGAUGAAAAAUUUAAACAAGACGCUUGUAUAGACGAUACCACUACUACAAGUCUGCGAAGUUUUAAUAAUGAUCCGAAAGACAUUCGCGAGAAAGAAUUAACAAAAUCUAGUUUUCCAGAACCAUUAGAUUUAAGCUGUAAAUAUAAAAAUAGUCUUGUUUGUCAACGCUCAGAUGCCCUACAACUAGAUAAUACAGUUGUAUAUAAUUCUACGAAUGCAGAUACUUUAGAUAAAAAUGUAGAUUUAAAUCUUCUUGAAGCUUUAAAAAAUAAUAAUAGUAACGUCGUAAGUUUAUACACUACUAUUGCCAAUACAAGUACAGACGAUGUCUUUAGAAAUUACAUUUUACAACCUUGUCCCAUUUGUGCAUAUUUAUCUUUUGUAAGAUCUCGUAAUACAACUUUGGACGAUGAGCAAGAACUUGAAAACCUAUUAAGAAAGCUUGAAAAAAGGUUUAGCGAUUUGAUGAAAGCAGAAGAAAAACCCGAAUUUAGUAAUAAGUACAUUAUAGAUGUUUAUAAGAUUUUAAAUUAUGAUAAGCUGAAUUUUAUAAAGAAUAGAAAUGAUUUUCGACGAAGAUUUUAUCAAAUACAAAGAGAUAUUAUUUUAUGUAUCCCAAAUAUUUUGGAACAACUUAGGCAUCAACAAAUAUCAGAGAAUAGUUGUAUUUUGAUUGAAAAAGUUCUUAACUUUAUUAAAUUGGUUUUUGUCUUUGUUAAUGAUUGCAAAUUUUGUGGAAUCAAAGAGUUAAUUGAGCAGCCUUACUUUGAUAAUAGGUUUAAAUAUCAAGAAUAUAAAUUUUUAACUUUAUUCUCGGAUUCAAUUUUUUCUGAAAUGAUUACUUUAGUAGAAAGAAUACGUUAUAGAAGCCAGAGUCUCGAUCCUAAAAAAGAAAAUUUAUUUUAUAAAUAUUUUAAAUGUUUAAGAUACCGUAUUAAAUACAUAGUAGGAAACUUAGGAUAUUAUACUUAUAAUGCAAAUAAGAUUAACAAUUUUUUUAUGAAAUUUAGGACAAAUUAA